ACCGCCGCAGUGACCUGUGCCCGCCCCUCGCUCUGAGGUUCUCCCUGACUGGUCCGCCCAGCUGUCUCAGGCCACCUGUCGCUGCCCGUCUCGGGCCACCCUCCAGACUCCAUCCUGUCCUCCAGGCCAGCGUGGUGGCUGUGGGCCCCAGCCGGAACCCACUGCUGCUCCAGUCUCCAUGACAACCAGGGCCUUGGAGGAGCUGGAUGGAGGCCUGGGCAGCUGCCUGGCCAGCGAGGACCUCUCCACUUUAGCAGAUCCCUGCCCAGGCCGGCCACCAGGGGACAAGCCUCCAGAGACACCCAGGCUGGGCAACUCCAGUACCUGGCUCCAGGACUCUCAGGAGGCUGUGGCAGAGGGGAAUGCGGCCACCAAACCCAAGAAGAUGGAAAAGGAGCCUGUGGUCAGGGGGAGUCCGGGAGCCGGGAAGGAGAAGCUGAAAUCUGGACCAACCCCCCGGAGCGUCCCCGCGCGGAAGAAGGUGCAGGCCCUGCCGCCGCCGCCGCCGCCCCCUGUCCUAAGCGAGGAGCUGCCCUGGGGAGACCUGUCGCUCAACAAGUGCCUGGUGCUGGCCUCCCUGGUGGCCCUGCUGGGCUCCGCCUUCCAGCUGUGCCGCGAUGCCGUGACCGGGGAGGGCACUGCCCCCACGCCUGCCCCCGAGCGGUGGGUGCCCCGGGGUUCUCCCCCCAAGGAGCCGGUGUCAUCCCUGCCUAAGCCCGCGGUCUGCGCGCCCCCAUCGGUCCCACCCGCUCCCCAGGCUGGGCCACCAGCACUCCAGGGGAAGACAGAGGACAGUCCCCGGGUCUCCAUGACCAAGGAGGUUGCAGAGAAGGCUCCAGGGGAACCUGGGGAGGCCACCAGGGAGGCCGCUGGGAAGGAGCGCGCGCCCCCUGUGGACCGAGGGCCCAAGGAGAGGCCGCGGAAGGAGGGGCAGCGGAAGGAAGAGAGACCACCAAAGGAGAAAGUCCGAAAGGAGAAGCCAAGAAAGGUAGAGAGGCCUCAGAAAGAGAGGCCACGGGUCGCCAGGGAGGCCCGGGAAGCCCUGCCCCGACGUUGGGAGGCACGGGAAGGAGGUCAUCGGCCCUGGGCACCAGACUCCAGGGACCCUGAGCACAGGAAAAGGCAGGCCUGGGCUCCCCGGCGGCACCCCGACAUGGAGAAGGACCGGCAUCCUGGUGAACAGAAGCACCGUGCAGGGAAGGGGCGGGGUUGAGCCGAGCUAGGGUCCUGAGCAGAGUCCUGGGACGGAUCUCGACUCCCUGCAGUGGCCCCAAGGCUUCAGCAAAAUAAAGCGAGUGCUACGGCCAAUGCAUGGCCUGCUCCUUUGUCCCUGG